GCACGAGCGCCUUUCCCAGGCUGUGGCACAGAUCACGGCUGCCGUCAAGGACAUGGGAGAGCACAACCUCCACAUCAAGAAGAAGGUCCGUAAGAUGUCCAAGGGCCUCAAACGCAACUCUCACAACCGUAAGAUCAAGGACGGGCUUAAAUCCCUACAGCGAGACCACCAGCGCAUCCUGCACGCCAUGAGUCUCAGUGGCAUCAACAUUACUCGCAUCCACAACCAUACCCGCAAACACAACCUCACCCACCCGCACACACCCGCGCACAAGAAGGAUCACGGUCGCAACCGCAAGAAUCACGAGGCCAGCGUCGUCGAACUUACAACCAAGGCCGCGGAAGUGCCGCAGGAGACAGUCCGCCCGGAUAAGGACCACGAGUUGAAGAAGCCGAUGGAAGAAGAGACAGAAGUAACAGACAACUUGAUCCCAGAGCUGGUGGUCGACCCCCCCAGCGCCACUGAUCCUCCACUGCCCGUCGACUGCACCGAAGUGAUUCAGCGAGGCAACUGGACUAGCGGCGUCUACAUGGUGCAGCCCAAAGGUCUUCAGCCUUUGAAGGUCAGUGACGCCACCAGUACAACACAGAGCAACCUUUCUAUGUUUAAUUCUUCCUCCUCGCAGCACCAUCGAUGACGAUGGUCUGUGCCU